AUAUGGCACAGCCCAUCCGGCAGCUGACCAGAAAUAACCACUCUCAGGAGAGAGAAAGCAUCCCGUUUACUGUGAUAAACCGUAAAGAAAAGUUUGGCAAAGUGCUUUAUGAGAAACGGCAUUACGAAAAGGGCAAGUGGGCUUGUGUCAAAGUGCAAGAGGACCAGUAUGAGCAGAGCGUCUGCCUCGGAUUCAUGAAGAUUAUGAGAUACAUUUGUGAGCAGAAUUCUUCAGGGCUGUAUUUGGGGAUGACUGUUCCUAUUGUGACCAUAAUUCACAUCGGUAGAUCUGCAUCAGACAUCACAAGAUUCGUGACGGUAGCCUACUACCUCCCUGGUGGACUGCAGGAUCAGCCACCAGAUCCCAAUGACCCCGACAUUGUCAUUGAAGAGUGGCCUCCAGCCAUGGUUUAUGCCAGGGGCUUCAGAGGAGUCACAAACGAAGACUCAAUUGCACGAGAAAUAAAUCUGCUGGCGGAACUUCUGGAAAGUCCUGAGCUGUGCUUGCAGGACACUUUUAUAAUUGCAGGAUACACCAAUCCCACCGCUGCUAUUCGACAGAAUGAAAUAUGGUUCCUCGAGAGACCAUAG